AUCAGCCACGCUUUUUACAGUCUUCGCUCACAGAUUUAAUCUUUAGCUGGGAGCUCUUACACUUCCCCGCUCUGCUGUUUAUGUUAAAUCAUCGUUGUUGUCUUUUUUUUCUUUAUUUUAAAUGAAUUCUUACGGAUAACAGCGACUUCCAGCCGUUUGUCCAGUGAACAACCAGUGUCCGGUACAACAGUCUCAACAGACUUUGUGCUCUACUGAGGUCAACUAGAACUAGAUUCAACCAUGAGGCACUAUCAGAGGAUGAAGAAUAGCUUGACAUGUUUACUUUUCUUUCCAAUAGUCGUCUUCGUUGUCUACCUCACACAACCAGAGCGAUAUUUUAUAGGUCUCAUACCGAUGGGAAGGUGUUCUUUGGAAAGUGCAGAGAUGCUGAACCUGGAAAACAGUGUUGAUGGGACCCUCGAUCUUUUGUCAAGACCAGACGUGCUAACAUGCACACCUUGGAAAGCUCCCAUCAUGUGGGAGGGAAUGUUUGACCCUGAUCGUUAUGACCAAGUCCACAAAAAACAAGGAUCAUCUGUCGCUCUAACUGUAUUUGCAAUCGGCAGGUACUUGGAUGCUUACCUCGAGACCUUCUUGAACUCGUCAGAACAUCACUUCAUGUUGGGUGUUCCUGUCACGUACUAUGUGUUUACAGACAUGCCUGAGAAGGUGCCAAACAUCAAGCUUGGCGCUGAGCGAAGUCUGGAAAUAAUCAAAGUCGAAAGGCACAGCAGGUGGCAGGACAUCUCUAUGAUGCGAAUGAAGACGAUAUCAGAUUUCAUAGACUCAGAUAUUCGCCACCGAUGCACGCACGUCUUCUGUUUCGAUGUUGAUCAGGUGUUUACUGGGAGAUUCGGCACCGAGGCUCUGGGAGACUUGGUCGGUCUGCUCCAUGCUUACUACUUCCGCGCUCCCAGGAAGUUUUUUACCUAUGACGGGAACCCAAAGUCCAAAGCAUAUAUGGAAACGGGGGAUUUUUACUACCACGCUGCCAUCUUUGGAGGUUCCUGGAAGAGUGUGAAGGCCUUGACUGAGACCUGCUACAAAAACAUCUUGGAGGAUAAAAAGAAUAAUGUGGAGGCUUUGUGGCACGACGAGAGUCAUCUGAACAAAUACUUUUGGGUUCAUAAACCGAGCAGGAUUCUGUCUCCCGAGUACUGCUGGGACCCAGACAUCAGAUACGGUCGUGACAUUCGCAUCAGCCGACUCAUAUGGGCACCAAAACAUUACGAUACCCUACGUACAAACUAAUGUUGUUUGAAAUUCCAGGUUGAGAAAUAUUCAAAAUCAGCUAUGGGUUUUCUCUGCAGAAAAUUUGUUUAUAUUUGCCUUUUUUCAAAUUUUGUUGCAGAGAUAUCAGACAAAAGACUUGUCAGGCUUUGCUUCCUGUGACUCGGGUAAAUACCAUGUGCAUAGCAACUGCUAACAGUAAGCCUUAAAAAUGCAAAGACUAAAAAUGUGAAUGUCGUUUCAUUUAUUUAGAUUUGCUCUUUGCUUUCUGCUGAAACGUUGAAGUAAAGGUGGAACUGACACAUUCCUACUAUCUUGCAUUGUGAAUAUGAACUCUUUGAUCUGUGAAAUAAUGGAAAAAUUGUAUUUAUAUGGCAUCAACUGUAAAUUUCAGCUUAUAUUUGGCUGAAAUGAAAAAUAAUUUCAUUUUCAAUGAAUUCAAUUGUUUUCUUUAUUUUUCUCUGGCAUUUUUUUUUAACAGUUAGUUUACAGAUGAUGCUUGUCAUGGCAGGAAUUUAUUGUUAUUUAAUGGAUUAUGAUGGAUGCAAUUUUGGAAAAAAAUGUGCUAAAAAAAAAAGAAAUAAAAUACGGUGAGACUUUUAUCUAAAAGUUGUGUGGUGUGGCUGUUUAGGACAUGUAUUCAUGUCAUUCUUCCAGAGACAUGUCUCUGCCUACGCUGUUACAGUGGCAUGUGCCAGCAUUUUGUAACUGAAGUGCACAUUAUUAAAUGUGCAUCUUUACAACUCCAAAGGGAAAUAAAAACAGAUUUAAAUCAUUAAAAAAUGUAAUGCGAGGAAAACGU